AUUAAUUUAGUCGUAUACCCUUACGUCGCCUUAUUUCUUACAUUCUAAUCACGAGUCUUACCUAUAACUCGGACACGUAACGUAUAUAAAACUUCGCAUACUUAGUAAAAAAAGAAAAAAAAAGUUUGUGUCGUACAACAUCCAAGCCGCUCGCAGUACUUCCUAAACCACGGGUCGGAUCGCAUCGCAUCGUAGUACCCUUAGUCCGAGGUGGCUGAAUUUGGAUUGCUCGAUAAAACUGUUGGGAUUCCGCUCUCGAGCAAAGCGUCUUUUUAUACUUGACUCCCGUCCCUCGCAGACAAUCACACUCCACCGGCCUAUAUCAAAGCGGCACAGUUCCCACCCGCAAUUGUAAACCCAGGACAAGUAGGUAAAGACGUAAAUUAACAAAUCCAACCAUCACAAUGGCGCCGCAGCCCCAAGGCCCCAUCACAACCCCCCUCACCACCCUCCUCGGGAUCCAGCACCCCAUCAUCCUCGCAGGCAUGGCCCGCGUCUCAGGCGGCGCCCUCGCCGCCGCCGUCUCCAACGCCGGCGGUCUAGGCGUCAUCGGCGGGUUCCAAUACACGCCCUCGCAACUCCGCGCCAUCAUCGCGGAGCUCAAAGCCGCCCUGCGGUCCCCGGAUCUGCCGUUCGGCGUGGACUUGGCGCUGCCGCAGAUCGGCGGGUCCGCGCGCAAGACUAACCACGACUACACGGGCGGCAAGCUCGACGAGCUCGUCGACAUCACGAUCGAGAGCGGCGCGAAGCUGUUCGUCAGCGCGGUGGGUGUCCCGCCCAAGUACGUGAUUGACAAGUUGCAUGAUGCGGGGAUAUUGGUGAUGAAUAUGGUCGGACACCCGAAACACGCGGUUAAGGCCCUGGAUCUCGGUGUGGAUAUGGUGUGUCCGCAGGGCGGCGAGGGCGGUGGUCACACGGGCGAUAUAGCCAGCUCGGUGCUUACCCCGGCCGUCGCCGACGUCGCAGCGUGCUACCACCCGGCGAUGCUAAAAGGCAGCCCCGCGCUCGUCGUAGCCGCAGGCGGUAUCAACGACGGACGGUCGCUAGCCGCAAGCCUGAUGCAAGGCGCGGCGGGAGUCUGGGUGGGAACACGCUUCGUAGCGAGCGUCGAAGCAGCCAGCAGCGAGGAGCACAAGGCGAGCGUGGUAGCGUGCGGCUUCGAAGAUACGCAGCGCACGCUGGUGCUCACAGGGCGGCCGCUGCGCAUGCGCGCCAACGCGUAUAUCGCGCGGUGGCACGCGCAGCCGCAGAAGAUACGCGAGCUCUGCGACAGGGGCGUCGUGCCCAUCGAGCACGACCUCGAGAACGACGUCGACGAUAUCGAUCCCCCGCACCUGAUGGGCCAGGUCGCGGGCGCCGUUACCAAGGUCCAGCCUGCCGCCGAGAUCGUCCGCGAGAUGGUGGAUGGUGCGGUGCGGAUGCUGAGGCUGGGGAGCUCGUAUGUGGAUGCGAAUGCUGCCGGUGGCGCGAAGAGUAAACUAUGAGGCUUGGACCCCAGGGGCCCAGGUUGGGGGUGGAAGAAAUGUGUGUGUACCUACCUAUGCACCGAGUCCUACAUGUAAGGUACAUAGGAAGGAAGAUAUCAACAUGUAAGUAUGCAGGCUGGCAUCCAGUACCCAAGUACAUGCCGCUACGAUCUGCAGCCGGGUCCGCAGCCGGGAACCGGUACGCGCCUUACCGGCACCGAGGGGGGAAGUCGAUGACCUUACUACGUACAUACAUGGCA